AUGAUCCAGUGUGCUGGAUGUGAAAGGCCCAUCCUGGACAGGUUCCUCCUAAACGUGCUGGAUCGAGCGUGGCACGCAAAGUGCGUCCAGUGCUGCGACUGCAAGUGCAAUUUAACGGAGAAAUGCUUCUCCAGAGAGGGCAGGCUGUACUGCAAAACAGACUUUUUUAGACGAUAUGGCACUAAAUGUGGAGGCUGUUCUCAGGUCAUCUCCCCCAAUGAUCUGGUUCGGAAGGCCAGGAGCAAAGUGUUUCACCUCAACUGCUUCACCUGCAUCAUGUGUAAUAAACAGCUUUCCACGGGAGAAGAGCUCUACAUCAUGGAUGAAUAUAAAUUCAUGUGCAAGGAGGAUUAUCUGAACAGCAGCAAUGGAAAGGAUGCAAACCUGCUCUCAAUUACACCGUGCAGUGAGGGGAGUCUCUCUCCGGCCUCUCAGGAGCAGCAGGAUGACGGAGGGAAGGACUCUGAAACCGGGCAGCUCUCAGAUAAAGAGACCUGCAGUAAUGAGAAUGAGGAGCAGAGCGGUGGAUCGAAGCGCAGAGGCCCUCGCACCACCAUCAAAGCCAAACAGCUCGAGACCCUCAAAGCCGCCUUCGCUGCCACACCCAAACCCACGCGCCACAUCCGGGAACAACUCGCCCAGGAGACCGGACUCAACAUGCGUGUCAUCCAGGUGUGGUUCCAGAACCGACGCUCGAAGGAGAGAAGGAUGAAGCAGCUGAGCGCACUCGGUGCCAGGCGGCAUGUGUUGUUCCGCAGUGGGAGGAGGAUACGGGCUCUGGGGGAACGAGUGGAACCCGCCGAGCUCAUGAUGGCUAACGGUCACUUCUCGUAUUACGGAGAUUAUCAAGGUGAAUACUACGGACCAGGAAGCAACUACGACUACUUUCCUCAUGGCCCUCCGUCCUCACAAGCUCAGACUCCUGGUGACCUGGGCUACGUUCCCUCGUCGGGCCCGGCCGGUACUCCUCUGGGCAACAUGGACCAUCACCUCUCAGGGCACGCAGAAAGUUACAGCGAGAUGGGGCCCGGGGACUCGCCCAGCCCAGAGCACAGUAUCUCAGUGGACAUGACCGGCACGUUCACCUCCAUCACUUCGCUCGGGGCCGGCGGGUACAGCAGUCAGCUCUCUCAGCCGUCGUCGGAAAUGAGUGAAGGCACCGUGUGGUAGCCAGGAAGCGGUCAGACGCGACCGAACAGCCUCAGGUUUACUACGGCCUGGAAACGGACCUGAUCACAGACUUUUUAAUAGGCUGAUCUGUCUCUGUAUUUAUUUAUUUAUGUAUUUAUGUAUUUAUUACUGUAUUUAUCUAUUUAUGUCACAUGUCUGGACACAGUAUUUAUAAUUAUUUAUUUAUAUUCAUCUUUGUUUACAUGCUAAACACUUUUGUCUAAAAAUGAAGCGUUCAUUUAAAAUGUUAAAAAUGGAAGAAUAAUCUUGUGUAUCUGGUGUAAACACAUUUAUUCACUUAUUCACCACUUACA